CUGUUUUUUUUUUUUUUUUUUUGGCAAAAAACCCCAACAACAUAAAACAUGAAGCGUCUGAAGAACGUUCCAUUCAACACACCAGACCUAGCCAAAGGAGCCGCUCCGUUGUACACACAUCCAAAAUCCGAAAGACCACCACCAUACCUCAAAGAUGAGAUGAUGCACUUGCCAAGGAUAUUAGGGACCAAGGCAAGCAAAGAGUCACCAAAGCUGACCACCACAGCUCCACCAGCUGCCCAGAAACCUGCAGUGCCACCUGCUCCUGGUAAAUGGAUGUCGUCAUUCAAACCCAUAUACAAACAAAGUCUUCCAGAUGCUGACGAAAAGAGUCCAGAACAGGUUGACCUCUAUGACCCUUUUGAUCCUGAACCAGAUCCUGAACACAAGGUCCUGGAUAACAGACCGGGACAUCAAGGUCAUAGUUUGUCUUCAAAUAGAGGUUUUCAUGACAACAAAGACCAGGGGGAGUCCUACUCUGAGACAGGGAGCCGAUCCCUUAACAGAUGCGACUUUAACCCUGAAUUUAGACCUCCAGAGUUUCAAAGUCAUAGUCUCGGUAAUCGACCACCUGAACGUCAUGCUUAUAGCCAGCAUACCGAAGCACCUGACCGACCCAUUUAUGGCUCCAUCAGUCGGCCUCUGGACCAGAGGAGACAAAGCCCAGACAGAGUUGGUCACUGCUCCUCCACCCAAAUGCUUCCUUUGUCUUAUGGUGGAGAAAGAGUUGAUGGAGAAGAGAGGAUGUCAGUUCCUGAUUACAGAAGAGAGAUGGCCACCAAGAGGUUAUCCCCGCCGAGGAUACAGCAGGACUGUCGAGAUCAGUCAGGACACAUGGGAAAAAAUGUGACCCAAGUCAGCCGACCUGUGGAAGUGACUAUGAAGAGUCGAAGCCUGAUACUGGAAAAGGUCCCCAUCAUUUGUGAUCUGUGUGACAUUGAGUUGACCAACAUACAGGGUCUGGAGGCUCACUUGGACAGCAAGAAGCACUGGGACACCCUGGAGCACAUCCAGCAGCAAAAUAAAUAUGAUGAUGUGGCUGUAGCCUUCCUACAGGACGUGAUGCUGUUUAAAGUCCAUCACUUUAAUCAAGCCAUAGUGGAGAGUGACAUUCAAGAGCUGGAGGAAAAUGAACACAUGACAAAGACAGAAAUGCUCCACUGUGCAGCGUGCAAAGUGUACGUGUCCCUGUCGGGGGCGGCGGUGCAUAGUCAUGUCAACUCCGAGGAACACAUAUACAACAAAAAGGAGUUUGGCCUGAAGCAGCGGCAGGCUUGUCUCGAGAAAGCAGAAACCAUGAUGAAGGCACUGAAAUCUCAGUUUGAGCGCUUCUCUCAGGGUCCCAGCCCGUUUGAAUGACAGAAAAACUGCUGCCACACAGACUGACAACACGCUUUUAUACUUCACAUCAGCUGCAGCGCUCCCACGUUCCCCAAAAUAAGUCCUUGGUUUUAGUCAGGUACAUAAGUGUUUGGACAGUCACAGGUUUUGCUAAUAUGCACCACAAUGGAGUUGAAAUAAGAGUCCAGGUCUGCUUGUAGUAUCGACUGUCUGCUUGAAUUCAAAGAGGUCGUUGUCCUAAAUAGGCUCUGAGCUCCGGUGCUUAUCCCGGGAUUCCAUAGCAUGAAGCGGAUUAGAGUCUACGACUCAUCCUGGAAGGGACUCCAGUCCGACACAGGUUACUUCUCAGACAAGGCAGGUCCAAAUUACAGCCCCAUGACUGCUGGGAUAGGCUCCACCCCUCGUGGUGACCUUUAGAGCAGGGGUGGCCAAGUUCGGUCCUCGAGAGCCAAAUUCUUGACAUUCUUAGUUGUCU